AUGGACCGACAACCGCGCCACAGGUCGCCCCACGCCGCCAGCGGGCUGCCUAAUCGCGCUGCGCGCUCCAGCGCCGCCGCCAGCGGUGGCGACGGCGUCUUCGGUGAAACCGUUAGCCGCGGCGACGGGGCUGCGCGCGAUGCGGACUUGACGCCCGCGCGGUUGGCGGAGAUGGCGGAGCGACGGCAGUUGGCGCAACUGAGGGAAUUGGAUGAUAUGGCGCUGGAAGAGGAAGGGGAGGACGAGGGGGGGCACGGCAGGGGACGGGGCAGAGGGUGGCGCAUGUCCAUGGGCGCGCUGGGAGGCGCCGUGGCGGAGAGCUCGCUCGUGGAGAGCGCGGAGGGCGAGGCGAGCGAGAGGCGUGCAGCGGCGGGCACGUGGCGGGCGAGUGGGGAGACAGUGGAAGGGGAGGGGAUGGGCGAGAGGGAUGCGGAGGGGAGGCGGGCAACAGCAGGGGAUUCGGCGGGGGAAGGCUCGGGGAAGGCGUUAUGUGGUGCAGGUAGUGACGGGAGAGGAGGAAGGAAGCAUGGGGUGAUGGAGCAGGGAGAGGAGGGAGAGGAGGGAACGGAAGAGGAAUUAGAUGAAGGGGAGGUGCGAGGCGAGGAGCAGAUGGGGGAGGGAAGCGAGGAUGGAGAGGUGGAGGCGAGGGGUGGCGAGGAGGGAGCAGCUGACUGUGUGCGGUGCAAUGAGGUGGGGCAGGGCAGUGGCGCGGUGCAGAGAGGCAUGGACGAAGGGGAGAGGCAGGGGGAACGCGGCAUAAGAGGGGCGAGGCGGCAGCAGCAGAGACAGAGGAGGCAAGCGGUUCGAGGAGAGGAGGGAGAAGGGGAGAGAAUGAGAGAGGGAGAGGAGGUUGUGGCGCGGGGGAGGGACGGCGCAGCUCAGAGAGAGGAGGCGAGGGGGAUGGGGAGAGGUGCGAGGGAGGGGGCGGCGAGGGGAGGCGUGCAGGUGAGGGGAGGCGAGGUGGGGGCGGCAGAGAGAGCUCAGGUGCAGCAGAUAUGCGCGGUGGAGGGGGAGGAGCUGGAGGAGGAAGAGGAGGAGGAGGAGGGAGACGUGGGGGAGGCGCGCAGGAGUGCAAGUGAGCGGCGAAGACGAGCGUCAUGGCGUGGCAGUGGGCGGGGCAGCAGCAGGGGCACACAUGGGGGCGUGCAGGCAGGUGAAGGCAGGGGUGGAGAAGGGGGGGAGGGGGGAGGGAGUGGGGAUGGCUCUGCAGCACAGCAGCAGAUGGUGCAGACGUCAUGGCAAGGGGAUGAGGCAGGUGUGUGGGGCGGUGCAGAGGGUGGUGGAGGUGCCGGAAGGGGUGAUGGCGUCGGUGGAGGAGGAGCAGGAGGUGGCAGGGGGGGUGCGAUGGCGGUGGUGGUGAGUGCGGUGGAACGGCAGCAGAUCGAGCGCAUCCUGGCCAUCCAGGGGGAGGAGCUGGAGGAGGAGGAGAUGGGCGAGGAGGACGAGGCGGAGGAGGAGGAGGAAGAGAGGGGCCGGGCAGCAGGGGGCGAGGCGAGGCAGCAUGUGUUGAGCUCCAGCGACAGCGAUGACCCCAGGGGCGACGGAAGCGCGUUGAGGAUGCACGGAGGACUCACAUUUGAUCCAGCCAUCACAUCGCUGCACACAUACCUUGGAGGCAUCGUGCUGUUUCCCGAGCAGACGCGGGUAGAAGCAGGGUGCAAGGAGCACAUGUCGGGGCUGGAAGGACCCACCUCUGCCAAGGUGCAUGUGCACAUGGACCCGCAUGGGUUUGACAUCCGAGUGGCAUCGGUGGGCACAACAGCAGAGAUCCGGCGGGUGAGGCAGCAGGAGGACGGCAGCAUGAGUGUGGUGACGAGGGGUCGCCAGCGCUUCCUCGUGUGCCGCGCCUGGAUGGACCCCGACGGCUCC